CUGUUUUUCUUGAGCGUGGCAGUUUGCUGCUUAUUGAGCUGAGUCUGAUUUCUGUCUGUUUGAACGGAGGUGGUGAAGGCAGGUGAUGAAGGCAGGUGCUGUGCUUGGCCUUAUCUGGGCCCGAGUGGUUUUAUCAUUCUUCGUGUUACCAAAUGUGAACUGAGGUCAGAAAAAAACAGCUGAAUGUCCUGCUUUGGGAUUUAAAGGUGUCUUAAGGAACUGGAGCCAUGACGGACUCCAAAUACUUCACGACCAAUAAAAAAGGAGAGAUUUUUGAACUGAAGGCUGAACUCAAUAAUGAAAAGAAGGAGAAAAGGAAAGAAGCUGUGAAGAAGGUUAUUGCAGCCAUGACUGUGGGGAAGGAUGUCAGCUCUCUCUUUCCUGAUGUUGUGAACUGCAUGCAGACUGACAACCUGGAGUUGAAGAAGCUGGUAUAUCUGUACCUGAUGAACUACGCCAAAAGCCAGCCGGACAUGGCCAUUAUGGCUGUCAACAGCUUUGUGAAGGAUUGUGAGGAUCCAAACCCUCUCAUCCGUGCUCUGGCCGUCCGCACCAUGGGAUGUAUCAGGGUGGACAAGAUCACAGAGUACUUGUGUGAGCCUCUUCGCAAGUGUCUGAAGGAUGAAGACCCUUAUGUUCGUAAGACUGCAGCUGUGUGCGUGGCGAAGCUGCAUGACAUCAAUGCCCAGAUGGUGGAGGACCAGGGAUUUCUGGAUUCUCUGCGUGACCUGAUUGCAGACUCCAAUCCUAUGGUGGUAGCAAAUGCUGUUGCUGCUUUGUCAGAAAUCAGCGAGUCGCAUCCCAACAGCAACCUGCUGGACCUGAACCCUCAGAACAUCAACAAGCUGCUGACAGCGUUAAAUGAAUGCACAGAGUGGGGGCAGAUCUUCAUUCUGGACUGCCUGUCCAACUACAACCCCAAGGAUGAUCGUGAAGCUCAAAGUAUUUGUGAGCGGGUGACUCCUCGGCUGUCCCAUGCCAACUCAGCAGUGGUUCUGUCAGCAGUGAAAGUUCUGAUGAAGUUCCUGGAGCUUCUCCCCAAGGAUUCAGAUUAUUACAACAUGCUGCUGAAGAAGCUUGCUCCUCCACUGGUUACCUUGCUGUCUGGAGAGCCUGAAGUCCAGUAUGUUGCCCUGAGGAACAUCAACUUGAUUGUGCAGAAAAGGCCUGAAAUCCUGAAGCAGGAAAUCAAGGUGUUCUUUGUGAAGUACAACGACCCUAUCUAUGUGAAGCUGGAGAAACUGGACAUCAUGAUCCGCCUGGCUUCUCAAGCAAACAUUGCCCAGGUCCUGGCAGAGCUGAAGGAAUAUGCUACUGAGGUGGAUGUUGACUUUGUUCGCAAGGCUGUUCGAGCUAUUGGACGCUGUGCCAUCAAGGUUGAGCAAUCUGCAGAGCGCUGUGUGAGCACGCUGCUAGACCUCAUUCAGACCAAGGUCAACUACGUCGUCCAGGAGGCCAUUGUGGUCAUCAGGGACAUCUUCCGCAAGUACCCCAACAAGUAUGAAAGCAUCAUUGCCACCCUGUGUGAGAAUCUGGAUUCCCUGGAUGAACCAGAUGCCAGAGCUGCCAUGAUCUGGAUAGUGGGUGAAUAUGCAGAACGAAUUGAUAAUGCAGAUGAACUGUUGGAGAGUUUUCUGGAGGGCUUUCAUGACGAAAGUACUCAGGUGCAGCUCACCCUUCUGACUGCUAUAGUGAAGCUGUUCUUAAAAAAGCCUUCUGAGACACAGGAGCUGGUUCAGCAGGUCCUCAGCCUAGCCACACAGGAUUCUGACAACCCAGACCUGCGGGACCGUGGCUACAUCUAUUGGCGCCUUCUUUCCACUGACCCAGUGACUGCCAAAGAGGUGGUCUUAUCAGAAAAGCCACUGAUCUCUGAGGAGACUGAUCUGAUUGAACCCACUCUGCUGGAUGAGCUGAUCUGCCAUAUUGGGUCUCUGGCUUCUGUGUACCACAAACCGCCCAAUGCUUUUGUGGAAGGGAGCCAUGGGAUUCACCGCAAGCACUUGCCAAUUCACCAUGGAAGCACUGAUGCAGGAGACAGCCCUGUGGGGACAACAGCCACAACAAACCUGGAGCAGCCUCAGGUCAUCCCAUCGCAAGGCGACCUGCUGGGUGACCUGCUCAACCUGGACCUGGGACCCCCUGUCAACGUUCCCCAGGUGUCCUCCAUGCAGAUGGGUGCUGUGGACCUCCUGGGAGGAGGGUUGGACAGCUUGCUUGGCAGUGACCUUGGCGGGGGCAUUGGAGGAAGUCCGGCAGUGGGGCAGACCUACAUUCCCUCUUCUGUGCCAGCCACUUUUGCCCCUUCACCCACCCCAGCCGUGGUGAGCAGUGGACUCAACGAUCUCUUUGAGCUCUCAUCUGGUAUAGGCAUGGCUCCCGGAGGAUAUGUGGCUCCCAAAUCUGUUUGGUUGCCUGCAGUGAAAGCUAAAGGACUGGAGAUCUCAGGCACAUUCAGUCAUAGGCAGGGACACAUUUACAUGGAGAUGAACUUCACCAAUAAGGCUUUGCAGCACAUGACUGACUUUGCCAUUCAGUUCAACAAGAACAGCUUUGGGGUCAUCCCAAGCACUCCAUUGGCCAUUCACACCCCUCUGAUGCCAAACCAAAGUAUUGAUGUCUCUCUGCCCCUCAACACCCUUGGACCAGUCAUGAAAAUGGAGCCUCUGAACAACCUCCAGGUAGCUGUGAAAAACAACAUUGAUGUCUUUUACUUCAGCUGCCUAAUUCCUCUCAACGUGCUUUUUGUGGAGGAUGGCAAAAUGGAGCGCCAGGUCUUCCUCGCGACUUGGAAAGACAUUCCAAAUGAAAAUGAGCUGCAGUUCCAGAUUAAAGACUGCCACCUGAAUGCUGACACUGUCUCCAGCAAACUGCAGAACAACAAUGUCUACACCAUUGCCAAGAGGAACGUGGAGGGUCAGGACAUGCUGUACCAGUCCCUCAAGCUCACCAAUGGCAUCUGGAUCCUGGCUGAGCUUCGCAUCCAGCCAGGCAAUCCCAAUUACACGCUUUCUCUGAAAUGCCGUGCCCCCGAGGUGUCCCAGUACAUCUACCAGGCCUACGAUGCCAUCCUGAAGAACUGAUGGAGCUCUGCCUGUGCCUCACCCUGCAGGAGGACAGAGAAACGGUCCCUGGGUCCUCCUCCACUGCUGGUGUGGGGAAAAGCACCCUUAAACUGGAAGCAGCUGUAUUCAUGUGUAGGAUUUCAGUCCGAGGCACUGAUUAAACAAGGUAGCAAUUAGUAUCCACAUGCUAACGAUGAUAGGGAACAAACCCCUUUGAUAUUUUUAGCGUCCAUGGAGUUUGUAACCACUGCUUCAAUUCCCCUCCCCCCCUCCAUCCCCUUUGCCCCUCUCUUGUCCAUUCUCGUGGGCUUCUCCAUUUUGUGCCAAUGUCAGUGUUUUCUAAAUGGCUUUAGGUGUAGUUCUGAUUUUGUAAAAUACUGCUCACUGGAAAAGAAAAAAAAAAAAAACAACACAGAAAAACCCAACCCACAGCUUAUUAAAACAAGGCAAAAUGGUCGAAAACAUACACUGCACUUUAUUUUAUAUUUUUAUACAUUUUUUGUUUUUUUUCUUAUCUGUGAUUGGCUUUAAAGGGAAAGUGAUUCUGUGGAAGUGGUGGGCACCCUGCAGGGCUGGCUGUGGGCUGACUGUGAGGAACAGAGCCAUGUGCUGCACCUGUGGAGCUGAGGGGCUCUAAAUGCAGCGAGGGGUUUUUAUUGGGCCUCAGCUCUGCUCCCUAUGAUGUUUAACUCCAUCCAUCAUCUCCCUGCCCUGUGAGCUGCCGAGUAAGGAGGGAAACUCCUCGUGUGUGGGGAGGGGCUGUGGACAGAUGGCUAAUGGGACAGUGGAGGACAAAAUGAGAACGGGCUCACUACUAGGGCAAAAGCACGGGCUGUGUUCUCUGUGUCCUCGCCAUCUGCAGCUCCUCCUCUUGCUUUCUCUGCCUUUCGCCCAACCCUUGAGCUGUGCCCCUGCACCCAGUGCUGUACGUCCCAGCAGGGCUGCAGGCAUCUGAUGUCCGUGGGCCCUGGCAGGAUCCUGAGGCUCUGCAGUGGGGCUGAGUGGUUCUCCCCACUCCCAUGGUGGCACAACAGACCAAUUUGGGCUUGGCAGUGCUUGCACUUGCUGAGCUGAGCACACCUCAAAAGCAUUUCUUCUGUUAGCAGCCCCCAGGGCACGAAGCACUGAGGGUUUCUCAGUCCUUGCCUGCAGCCCCCGGCCUCUGUUCUCCUACCCACCCUUUGGGCUGGGAGCCCUUCCCUUUCCCAUUCACAGCUGUGCACUCACCGUGUUGCAACCAGUGAGUGCUGCAGCCCCAGCAGUGAAUGCAAAGCCUUGUGCAUGCCUUGCUCCAUCCAUUGCUUGCCCUGCUUCAUUCAGCAAAGCCUUUAACCAGGGCAGCUCUGCCCUCCCCAGCAUGUUUUGAUGCCAGCUCUUCCCCAGCAAGCAAAGCUCUGACGCAUAGCAGCCCCCAUGUUGUCAUUUAGAUGCCACGUUCAAGGUCAGUAAAUGUUUUAUGGUGAAGAUGGUUCAUCAGGGCUCUGUCAUCGCCUGCAGCCAAGAGGCCGAUGCUGGGAAGAGGUCAGAAAGCCCCGUUUAUCUCCCCCCACCCUGAGCCUCAGUGCAGAGAAGAGGAGCACCUGGCGGGGCCUGGAAGGCUCUGUCCCUGUGUUCUGGUUGGGGAAAAAGUGGGGCAGAGCUGGAGUAACACAGUGCCUGUGUGUGCUGGGAGGUGAUUGCUCCAAGCCCUGCAGGGCCACGGCACAAAUCAUUAUUAGAGCAAUUAACGAAGCAGCGGCAGCGCUGAGUGCUGGGGCAGGGAGAAGACAGCAGAGGGUGAGGGAUGAGCUCAGCCUUACACCACGCAGCUGGAGGAGCUUUGAUAUGGGGAGGGGAUGCUCAGCACCCCUUCCUGUGCCACAUUUCUUCCCAGCAUCUCGGGCACAUGGGUGUCCCUGCGUUUCUGAGCCCUCCUCUCCUGCUGUGCCGCUCGGUUGCUUUGCUCACCAUGUAGCUGUGUUGCUCUUCAGGCUUUACCUGGCGUCCGUGUCAAUAAACUCAUUUCCACAA